GCUUAGAAAAUGUACGAAUUGUUGCUUGAAGCCAUGUCUCUCGAAUCCUGCGUUCUUUCAUUCAUUUCUAUCUUCUUUUUUCAUUUUAUUCAAUUUUGAGUGAGUUUUUGAUUUGAUUCUUAUAUGUGGCUAUACUUCUGUGUCUUUGUUGGAAAACACAGAUUUGCGCUGUUCAUUGCCAAAUAUCUCUUGGUUAGGCUGCUGCAUGUUCCAUAUUCUCUUCGGUUGUCUGGGUUUCAUUGUAUAUGCCACUGGUUUUUGCCCUUGCUUAAUAGUUUCCUCCUAACUAUCAAUUCUUCUACCCCACUUACGGCUUAGUUCAGACCUGCAAAUGUGUUUUAAAGAUUUAACAUGAUUGUGCAAAGGUAAUAGAAAAGAGUGGGAGUCAUGGAAAUUGGUAUGUUACCAAUCUCUGCAUCAAAGAGAGGAAAGCUCUUAGCAGCUGGUUACACAACACUCCACUCCAUUGCUCGUACCUCCCCUACCCACCUUGCUCGAGAUAUAGAAGUUUCUGAAAGUGAAGCUUUAGAAAUUCUGAAUGUUGCAACCAGAACGAGUACUUUGGACAGAUCAUGUGGGAGUAACACUAAUAUUAUUGAUGGUGGUCAGACUGCUUGGGAUAUGUUCAACGAGGAAAGAUUUUCUUCUCUCAUUACCACUUCUUGUGUGGAUCUAGAUAACAUCCUUGGCGGUGGGAUUAAUUGCAAAGAAGUCACUGAAAUAGGUGGAGUCCCGGGAAUUGGUAAAACACAAAUAGGGAUUCAACUUGCAGUAAAUGUUCAGAUUCCUCUAGAAUAUGGUGGCCUUGGUGGGAAGGCAAUAUACAUCGAUACAGAAGGAAGCUUUAUGGUUGAACGUGUCCUACAAAUUGCGGAAGCAUGUAUUGAAGACAUGUCGGAAUACAGUCACCACUUUCACAAGGAUAAUCAAGCUUAUGGAGUUAAAAUGCACCCUAAUAGUAUAUUGGAAAAUAUAUUCUAUUUUCGUGUUUGCAGCUAUACUGAACAAAUUGCUUUGGUAAAUUACUUGGACAAAUUCGUCACAGAGCAUAAAGAUGUGAAGAUCAUCAUUAUUGACAGUGUUACUUUCCACUUCCGCCAAGACUUCGAUGAUAUGGCUCUCCGGACUCGAUUACUCGGUGAAAUGUCUUUAAAGUUGAUGAAGCUUGCAAGAAAUUUCUGUUUGGCUGUUGUUAUGUUGAAUCAAGUUACAACCAAACAUAUUGAAGGUUCAUUUCAAUUGACUCUUGCUCUAGGUGAUAGUUGGUCGCAUUCAUGCACGAACCGGAUCAUCUUAUACUGGAAUGGAAAUGAAAGACAUGCGUAUAUUGAUAAGUCCCCUUCUCUUAAAUCAGCUUCAGCACCAUAUUCUGUGACCUCUAGAGGGAUACGUAAUUCUACUUCAAGCAGUAAACGAAUCAAAAUGGUGUGAGAUUUUGAGUAGGAAGAUAGUAAGCAUCUCUCUUUUUUCUUUCUUCUAAAGUAUCCUCCAAUCAAAAGUUAGAGACAAUCUUUCGAGUUAUAGAGAUUUAUUUUAGGGGGAUGAUCUCUCUCAACAUGUGUUUUUUCAUAUGCAUCAACCAGAGAUCAAACUCAUAACCACACACUUAAAGAGAUUAGUUGUCUGACAAUUAUGUCAAACCAUAUUGGUACAUAUGUUUUUAAAAUGAACAAGUAAAUUAGUAUAAAUUAUUGAUUCAAUGUGAAAUAUACGAUGAUCUUAAUUUAUUGUAA